AUGGGGGGCACCGCCACGGCAACGGCCUACGUGCGGUCCUGCGACGGAGCCUCGCCACCCACGCCGCCUGGGUGCGGGCUCAAGCUGGUGGUGGACCUCACCCUCGACGACAGCAUUCUCACCGGCUCCGUCUUGGAGACAGAGGUGAUGGUGACGCACGCGUUGCAUGAGUCACUCUUUCCCCGUGACGCGGCGUCCGAUGCCGCUGGCACAGCUGCCACCUCUCUGCAGGUGUCUCUGCCUCCCAUCACGGUGGCAAUGCGGCGUGGCGCUGUGCAGAUGCGCUACGGGCUCACCUACCUACGCACGUUCCCGGCGGCAUUGCGAGACUCUGUGCGGGUACUGAAGACGGCCAUGUCGUGCGACGACGGCGUCACGCGCUGUCCUUCCUACAUGAGCAUGACAGGGACGCUUGUGUCGGCGCCGCUCGGAUUGUGCUGCCUCUGCACCAGCGUGGAGUGCGCCCUCACAAGCGACCUGUGCAACGCUUCGAUGCGCGCGCACUUUUGCUUCCGCACCGGUGCAGCCGGAAUCACGUGCGUACAGAGCGAGGGCAUCACCUACCACGGAUGGGCCGUGGGAUCGUCGUCGCCCUACUACAUGAUGCACCUAUCCGCGAGCGGGCGAGGGAUCGCACCGACGACACUGCAGCUCACGACGGACGCCCCUGAGGUGCAGAAGGGUGCGUCUGCUCUGCAGAUUCUUCGGGCCUCUGGUGUUUUGCCCGGAGAGUCAAACCCCACGGUUGAUAUUUCCGGGCGCGUUCUCUUUGUCCCCUCUGCAGAACACAGCAGUGCCAGCCGCAGCAUCAGCACCGGGCCUGUGCGCGACGACGACCCGGCAGAGUGGCUGUUGCUCCCGGCGCCGCUUGUCAGCGUCUCCGGCAAUGAUUGCGACAAGGUCGGCAUCUCACCAGACUAUUUCUACUCGCUCUCCAGCACUAAGCAGUGCAACGCGCAGAAGGGGACGUGCGUGCGACACCAGCUAGCAGACUACCGUGCGGCGGACCUGGAACAGAUCGCCCAGGGCGUCGGCGGACGCUAUAUCGCCGCCUCUCUGGGCACCUUCACGCGGCAGGCGAUGAGGGAACAGGAGUUCCUGCUCGAUGCGGUGGAGCGCACGGGUGGGGCGAUGCUGCGGUGGACGGUGAAUGCGGACGGCCUCGUGUUCCAGCCGCUUCCGGUACACGGUGUACUGGAUGCUAUCAAGUUUGACAGCAGCACAGGCAUCCUCUACGUCACGGUUCGCAACAACAACACAUAUGGUGGCCUCUACUACGUUGCCGUUGGUCAGUGUCGGGGAGCACGCGCAUCGAACUGCGAUAGCGACGGCGUGACACACGAGUGUGGUCGCACGGCUUUGGUGGCCGGGGCUAACACCUCCUCGCUGUUGCAGUUCAGCAUGGUGAGCGACCUGCCCGAGGAGGUGGGGAGCACCGCCUCAUGCACCGUCGUCUUUCGCGACGCGGCCGCAGCGCUGCUGGCCUCUGCAAACAUUUCCUGGACGGUCGAGCACACGACCACUACGCCGGCGCCGAAUGCCCCCAAAGCGGAGCAGUGCAGACGCUGCGCCUUUCGCGACCUGCGGUGUCUUUUCAGCACCGUCUGCGAGUGGCAGAUGCUCCUGUGGACAGCGGUGGCGGUGGCGGUGACGUGGACGCCGUAUGCCAUCUUGGCCUACUGGCGUAUGGCGUGGCACGUUGGCGCCAAGCUCUUGGCGUGUCUGAACUGA